GAUGGGGUACACGCAUACUAACCAGCCUUUAUGUAAUGGAAGGGACAGAAAACUUGGAAGAUGAAGUUUUUCUGAAGAGACAUACCAAACCUGAGCAAGAUGAAAAGAGACGCAAGAGGUGGGAUUUACAGAGGAUGAGAGAACAACGUCAUUAUGAGCGUCUAAGGGAACGGUAUGAAGGUAGACAAAAUCCAUGUGAACCAGAGGUAUCUGGGUACCAUUCGUUAUGGCCAAAUCCUGAAUCAGCUGUUUACUUACAUGUUGAUGACUGUCUCCCUGUAUGUGCCUUUGGUCAACCCAUGGCCAGGAUACCUCCUCAGGAGUUUGUGUUACCAUGGUUAAACAAGCCGCUGCCAGGAUGGUGUAUCAACUCGGCGCAGAAAGAGACCAUAGAAUUUUGUCCUGAGAUGGAUAAAGCAAGAUUUUACUUGUUCGACCUUUUUUUUUUUUUUUUUAAACUUCUUACUUUCCUUCAAAAUAACAUUUAUUUUUCAAUUCACAAUAAAAGAGUAACAAACUCUAUACAGUAA